GAGGGAGACGUCAUUGCGGGGUUGUUUGUGCAGCCUCCGCGGCGGUGACCCGCAGUGAUUCGGCCGCCGUGCCGGGGGGUGGGGGGGCUGCGCGGGACUCUUUUCUUUCAGACGGACCGCGGGGCAGCUGUGGAGCAUGUCGACCCCCGCCCGGAGGAGACUCAUGCGGGAUUUCAAGCGAUUGCAAGAGGACCCACCUGUGGGUGUCAGUGGCGCACCAUCUGAAAACAACAUCAUGCAGUGGAAUGCAGUUAUAUUUGGACCAGAAGGGACACCCUUUGAAGAUGGUACUUUCAAACUAGUAAUAGAAUUUUCUGAAGAAUAUCCAAAUAAACCACCAACUGUUAGGUUUUUAUCCAAAAUGUUUCAUCCAAAUGUGUAUGCUGAUGGUAGCAUAUGUUUAGAUAUCCUUCAGAAUCGAUGGAGUCCAACAUAUGAUGUAUCUUCUAUUUUAACCUCAAUUCAGUCUCUGCUGGAUGAACCAAAUCCAAACAGUCCAGCUAAUAGCCAGGCAGCACAACUUUAUCAGGAAAACAAACGAGAAUAUGAGAAAAGAGUUUCAGCCAUUGUUGAACAAAGCUGGAAUGAUUCAUAAUAGACAACUGGUCUGUUAAUCUUUUUCAUCAUUGUUGUGUAUAAUUUACCUCUCAGUAGAAAGGCUAACAAAUUUUAAGUGCCACCGGUUUUAAGGAUUCUGCAGAAGAAGAAAAGUCCUUCAGUUUAGAACCUAUAAAAGCUUGUGUAUCUUGAUUAAUGUACUUUUUAUUGCAUGGUGUGAACUAAGUUAUUGCUUACAUAAAUUUGUAAUAUAUCCUGUUUGUAUUUUUUUCCAAGUGUAUAAUGUUGGUGUGGAGUUUUCAUGACAGAAUAUACACAUUUUGUAAAUCUGUACUUUUUUCAAAUAUUGAAUGCCUUAUUUUUGAAUUCUUUAGAUUUUUAAAUUGGAGAAAAGCACUUAAAGUUUUUUAUAUAUGAAUAUUACAUGUAAAGCUGUUAAAAUACAUAACUUCAAGAGA